CGCCAGGGUCAUCUUAAUCCUUUUGAUAAACAAGGGGAAGCAGAGCGCCAACCUGCAGCCUGUGAGACGGAGCCUUCCAAAGGGCUGAGCUGCAUCUCCUGGAUUGUAAAAGACACGUGGGAGAUCAGAGCCUGAAAAUUAUUUCCCUACAAGUUCUCCACUCUCUGUACCAGAAUUCCACUGCCCAGACCGAGUGAUGGACCUUGGAGUAUCAGAGGAUCAUUUCUCCCGGCCUGUGGGCCUUUUCCUAGCAUCUGAUAUCCAGCAGUUGAGGCAGGCAAUCGAGGAGUGUAAGCAGGAGAUCCUAGAGCUGCCCGAGCACUCUGACAGGCAGAAAGAUGCAGUGGUUAGACUCAUCCACCUACGGCUCAAGCUACAAGAACUGAAUGACCCACUUGAGGACGAACCAAAUCUGCGCAUUUUGUUGGAGCAUCGAUUUUACAAGGAAAAGAGUAAAAGUGUGAAACAUCUUUGUGACAAGUGCAGCACGUUUAUCUGGGGCCUGAUCCAAACUUGGUACACCUGCACUGGUUGUAGCUAUCGUUGUCACAGCAAAUGUCUAAACUUAAUCACCAAACCCUGCGUGAGAUCAAAAGUCAGUCAUCAGGCUGAGUAUGAGUUGUCAAUUUGUCCAGAGGCUGGGUUGGACAGUCAGGACUACCGUUGUGCUGAAUGCCGAACUCCCAUUUCUUUAAGAUCUGUUCCCAGUGAAGCAAGACAAUGUGAUUACACUGGGCAGUAUUACUGCAUCAGUUGUCAUUGGAACGACAUUGCUGUCAUCCCAGCGCGGGCCAUUCACAACUGGGAUUUUGAACCCCACAAGGUGUCUCGAUGCAGUAUGCGAUACCUUGCUCUGAUGUUGGGUCGCCCUGUGCUAAAGUUACGUGAGAUUAAUCCAUUGCUUUUUAACUAUGUGGAGGAGCUAGUAGAAAUCCGGAAGCUGCGUCAGGACAUUCUUCUGAUGAAGCCAUAUUUCAUCACAUGCAAGGAAGCCAUGGAAGCUCGGCUUCUUCUCCAGCUGCAGGAUCGCCAGCACUUUGUGGAAAACGAUGAUAUGUACUCAUUACAAGACUUACUAGACAUCAGCAGUGGGCGCUUGGGUUGUUCUCUUACAGAAAUCCAUACCACAUUUGCCAAACACAUAAAGCUGGACUGUGAGCGUUGUCAGGCCAAGGGUUUCGUGUGUGAACUGUGCAAGGAAGGAGACAUCCUCUUCCCAUUUGACAGUCAUACAUCUGUGUGCCAAGACUGUGCUGCUGUGUUCCAUAGGGACUGUUAUUAUGAUAACUCCACCAGCUGCCCACGGUGCACGAGACUUAACCUACGGAAACAAGUGCAGAAUCCUGGAGAGGAGCCAUAGCAGAAUAAAGUCAUCCAGACGAACUUGCAUUACAAUAGGACAGGAUUUGAGCCUGUGCUUGAACAAUCAUAAAUUGAUUAAAAAGCAAGACAGGCAUGCACUACAUUUACCACUUUACUGACUUUCUGUAUUUUCUUGUGCCUGGGAGACCUACAGCACAUUCCAAAAUAUUGCACAGUUACCAGAUCCUAACCUACUGCAACAUUUGGACAUUCCAGUUGCAUUCCAGGAAUAUAAGGAAAUGGUGAUUAUUUCUGUACAGAUCUCCUAUGGUGCCUUAUUAGUACAUGGAAAGCAUUACGUCUGUAUCUUUCUGGGAGACCUGUAGCACCUGGAUUUUCUUGUUCUUUAUUGGUUACUUUACUCUUGGACCUGCACUCUUACUUGAAGGUUUGGAGGUGUAUGAUAUAUAUAUAUAUAUAUAUAUAUAUGUGUGUGUGCAUACUACAGAAUGCAGAGAGAAACUCUUCUUAUACUUUUUAAUACAACAGCUCAGUAUUAAUUUAUUGACUGCGGCCAUGAAGCCUCUGUAUUACCCUCUGGUAAAUGAAACUGGGAACCAUUAAAAGAAUGUUGGGUAGUUAAACUUUUGAUUAAUUUCUGCUGCUAUCUGAAAAGUAUUACAUAACUCCUGAACUAAUUGCAGGAUUUUAUGCCCUGUGAUUCUUGCUACUUACCUAACAUUCAAUAUAUUAAAUAUAACAAAGUGCAAUAGAUUUAUAAAUACAGUUCUGGGGCCACAUAAGUGGGAAAGGUUUUGGUGAUUACAGGAGAAACAGACCCAAUUUUUUAACCUAUAAAAAUCAUUAAACCUUUUUCUGAAACUGUUUGCUUUCUUAUGUACAGCCUGGCCCCUUCAAAAAAAAUGGCAUGUUUUUUCCCACUUUUAGGCUUCAUUUACCUUUUUUGUAACCACUACAGAAAAUUCUGCACUGCUUUUUUUUUUAACAGACGUGUGAUCUGAUUGAGGUCUUAGGUUUCUGUCCAACUGGAAGACAUCAGGACCAAGUGAUAUUCUAUGUGGGCAUGGCCUAACUAGCGGAUCCUAGAGCAGCGACUGGUCGGAUUCACCAGUAAGGUUUGAGGAGAAAGCCUAGUUGCUGCUCAGGAUACUCAUGUCAGCGUCAGACCAAGCGGCAAGGGUACUCGAGGCAAUGCCCCUUCGCAUACACACGACAGAGAGAUGAGGGGGAAUAAGAUGUCCCUGGCAUGUGCAGGUUGAUUCCCUUUUAAAGUCCACUAUGUGUAGCAUAUUUCACAGCUGAUUCUGUGAUUCAGACUUUAUUAUAUUAACUGCAAUGAUAUCUGACUAAUCCAUGGACCAUAGCAAGGUUGAUUCUAAGUUUCGUAAACUUAUCUUAUGUUAGUCUUAAUAUAGUAGCAAAGACACAAAGAGCUACUUGUCGGGGUUACAAAAUAGACAAUACUGAUAAUUGUCUCUUAGGGUGGCGUAUGCCAUCCCACCGGCGAUUUACAUUUUCGGUGGUGGGAUGGUAUUUUGGGGAGAUUAGUCGCCCGUGACAAGGGAGAUUUUUUGCAGUCAACUAAUCUUCCCGUGUGCCAGAGCCCUUAUGUGUGUUUUAGCAGAGACAAUUCUCAGUAUUAUCUAUGCAAGGGUAUUGUCUGGUGUUGUGUAGCCGCUACAAGUAGCACCGUGUUUCAUAGCCUUAAGUGUGAUGCUUCCAUUCGUGGAUCUUAAUUACAUUAAGCCCUUUUGACACCAUUAAAGCUCUUUAUAGAAUUGUUGAAUAAUGUACCCAGGUGAUGUGUUUAUUUUUGUUUUGUAUGUCUCCUGCUGCUGUAACUUAAAUUUCAUGUAGAUAUUAUUGUCACAGUUAAGGUGGUGAUAGUCUUCAGACCAAAUAGAUGGAUAGCAUGUGAGUGGUCACAUGCAUGUAAGGCUACCUUCCAUUGUUCCAUUUGUUUGGGCAGAUAGCCCAUAUGAUUGGGACAGCAGUAACUGAAGAAAAGCUGCCUGUGAAGCUCUGCCGAAUACACCCCUACUUAAACUGGCCUCACAUGGGCUGAGCUAUAAAAUGUUUGACUUAUUAGCCUACAAGUUGAUUUGGCCAUCCCUGUCGGAGUGCAUAAUUCUAUUUGUAAAAGAAACUAAAAUGGUAGGCUUUAUGUGCAAACAGGCCCAGAGUAACACUAGAUACUGUUAUUGAGAGGUACUGGGCCUUGGUAGCCAGCUAAUAAGUCACUGGUAGCAUUACCAAUGAAAAUAGAUUUUACUGGGUCAGUCAUAUCUAAUGCAUGAGCUCUCAGCGCUACCUAUGAAUUUCUGAGAACUGACCCUGCUGAAGUUUAUGAAUGUUAGUCUCAGUAUCCAGAUGCCUGCAAUAGUCUUGGUGGGAAGCAUAUUGUAUUUGUGGCUAUCUUCCAAAAAUAUGGAAAUCUGAACCUCAGGGAGACAGUCACCUGUGCUGUAAGCUUGGGAGUCUUUAGACCUAUAAUUCCAGAUAUCUUAUUAGAAGUUUCGUUCUUAUCUGUAAUAUUUGCCUGUAAAAAUGUUACCCUCCUUCGUUGAGGGGAAGCAUCCUUGUCUUUAUGUAAAUAUGGGUAGAAACUUUUUGCCUUCUAUUUAUAAUUUUAAUUUCUUAUACAUGCUCAAACAUAAUAAAAGUCUUCAAAUAAACA